GAAGGAAAUUAUUCGAUUAAAAUGACGUUUCUAAAUUACGAGCUGUCCCUGAACGCAGCAGGCAGGAAGGUGGGUUUUUCCUCCCUUUUCUCCCUGUUUUGGGGAGGGGGCUCCGAGCAUUUCCCUUUUCCAUUUAUAAUCACGCAAAGGAGCAACAAUCAGGGCUGCUUUGGGCAAAUGAGCCGACAUUAAAGGGGAUUUAUCAGCCGCAGUAUCCGCCAGAAAGCGCAAACGGUCGCGGAUGAGCGCCGAGGACGCGCAGCCGGAGCGGAAAUCACAGCAUGAAAGCCUCGUCUGGAUCCAGGAUCUAAACUUUUUUUUGUUUUUUGGACGUGUUUUCUCUCCGGACAGCAGGAGCAGUCAGGAGGCUCAUGAUGGGAAUCAUUUCCUGAGGAAAUGUUAGCGCUUUUCCCCUUUCCAGUUGAUGCCAAAAGUUUUUGACAAUGUGAAAAGUUGAGGGAAACUUCUCCAUCUUUGCGCAUCUAAAGUUUUCCAGAUGUCUCUCAUGAUGCAACAAGCGACUGUCUAAUGAAACACAUUCACACCCAAGGAAGGAACUGUUUUUUAAAAGAAGAUUUUACAGAUUUUUUGUGUUGGAUUUCAUCUACAAGAAGGAUUUUUCCAGAUUUCCUUUUUGGGAAUUUAGGAGUUUUUACUUUUCCGGGAGGAAAAAGGAGGUCAGGAUGAAGAAGAAGGAAGAAUAAAGUUUUUAGGAACUGUCAAACUCUGUGAGGAAAAUGUUUUUUUGGGUGAAUUUCUGAAACUUACAAGGGAAUCCCAAUGAGUGUCUCACAGGCAACACUCACUGACAGGACUCCAAACAUCCUCAACAAGGAGCUCACAGACAAGAAACCAAAAAGAGACAUCUCCGCCAUCUCCCUCAAACAUGAGUUUGACCCAACAGGUCUGGUCCAGCGCUGUGUGAUCAUCCAGAGGGAUGAAAAUGGCUUCGGGCUGACAGUGAGUGGGGACAAUCCGGUGUUUGUGCAGCUGGUUAAAGAAGAUGGAGCUGCCAUGCGAGCCGGAGUGCAGACAGGAGACAGGAUCAUCAAGGUUAACGGGACUUUAGUGACACAUUCAAACCACAUAGAGGUUGUGAAGCUGAUCAAAUCGGGUUCCUAUGUAGCUUUGACGGUCCUGGGGAGGCCUCCGGGCCUUCCUCACAUCCCUCUGGAAGAGGAGAAGGAAGAGCAGGAGGGAGUGGGAGAAACCUCCACGCCCUCCACUCUUUCAGCAUCCCACCCGUCUGAGCUCUCUGGUGGCGUCCCAAGCAGCCCCCAUGACCCCUCGACCUCCUCCGUGCCUGAUGGGUUCCAGGAUGGAGCCUCGUGGUCCAGGAACGGCGAGGAUGAGGAGGGAGAUGGCGGGCCUCCUUUCAGGGAGCAGGCGUCGCCCUCACAGGGCGAAGGUGGACCCUGUGUCAACAACAGCGCCACCAACAGCCGGCUGCUUCCAGAGAGGAAAAGAAAGACGCCCUGUCACAGUCCGGACUUCAGCCGGAGAGACGGCCUGGACUUCUGCCCGUCGCCGGACUCUGAAGACGCUCCUGACACAGAUUCCAGUGCACAUAGCAUCGUUGGAAGCCCCCCCUACCUCCUAAACCCUCAAAUUAUUGGAGCAGAGGACGAUUACUUUGACUAUCAGCAGGAGCAGAUCAGCGGACAGUGCAGCUGCUUCCAGAGUAUCGACUCUCUGAAGGGUCGACCGGCUCACCUGGCGGUCUUCCUCCAUCACGUGGUGUCCCAGUUUGACCCCGCCCCUCUGCUGUGUUAUCUUUAUGCUGACAUGCACAAGCAAACCAGCUCGAAAGAAACUCGACGCUUCUUCUUAGAGUUCCACUCACUGUUUGUGGAUCGAUCAGCCAAUCUGAAAGUACAAGUGCCUGAAACGGUUGCAGCUGAACUGGAGAAGCGAAGGCUGGAGCUGAUUCCUGAGGAGCUCUGCAGACAGUACACUCUGACCAUUCAGGAAGCACUUUUGUCCGACCUUCACGUAAACCUGGAAGACUUCAGGCAGAAGCGCAGCAUGGGUCUGACGCUGGCCGAGGACGAGUUGUCCAGGCUGGACUCGGAGCGCGAGAAGGAGCAGCCGACGUUGGAGAAGGAGUGCUCUUGUGCCGAGCGCAUCCUCUCCAAGAUCGAGGAUAUUCUGAUGACCUCACAGCCCACAGAGGAGGAGAAGUGCCAAACCAUGCAGUACGUCAUUCUCACCUACAUGAAGCACCUGGGAGUCAAAGUGAAGGAGCCUCGGGAACAUAAACGCGGACUCAUGAACUUUCUACCCAAGAUUAAGGUGAAAAGACCAGAAAAACAUCUCCUGUCCCAAAUCCUGAACCCGCCUCGCCGCCUGAGCAAAGUGGACUCCACGUCAGUGGGAAAAGCGGUGGAGUUGAACAAGCAGCGAUCGCCAAAGCUCCCCCAGUCGCCCUUCGGCGUCCCCGACCUGCCCGACUCCUCCGCCGCCGUGUUCGUCAGAAACCGGGCCAACCAGCUCAGCGAGGGGUCGGACACCAGCACCCAGUCCGUGUCCUCCAGCACCUCUGUGGCGCACAGCCCCCCCACCACCGCCGCCUCCGACACCAGCGGGCCAGACUCCGACUCCAAUUUGUCUCCAAUCUGCCUGCUGUCCAAACCGGCUGAAGCUCUGCUGUCCAGCGACCACCAUGAGAGCCUCUCCAGCCCAACCAGCACUCAGUUUGACUUCAGCGCCCCGACUCUGGAGCAGCGGGACGACGAUCAGGAGCCCUUCAGCCGGAUGGAUGUUCAGUGUGCCGCGAGCUCAGCCGACACCCAGAGCGAGGACGACCAGGGCGGGGAGCCGGAGACCGAAGAGGACCCUCUGAACUGGCAGAGGCUGGUCAGCAGGGGCGUCCUGGCGAGCCUCACCCCGAAGGAGAUCAAACGGCAGGAGGUCAUCAACGAGCUGUUCUACACGGAGCGGGCUCACCUGCGCAUGCUGAGGGUGAUGGACAGCGUUUUCUGCCAGAGGCUGAGCAGGGACGCCAUCCUCCCGCCAGAAGAUGUCAAGCAGAUCUUUGUCAACCUGGAGGAAAUCAUUCAGAUGCACGUUUCUAUAACCGAACACAUGGCCGCCAUCAGGAAACGCAGCGAGACAUCGGUGAUCGGGCAGAUCGGCGAUGACCUCCUCUCAUGGUUCAGUGGGGAGGAGGAGGAGAAGAUGAAACGAGCGGUGGGAACGUUCUGCAGCAACCAGCCUUCUGCUCUGGAGCUCAUCAAGACGAAGAAGAAGAAGGACCAGAGGUUUAACUUAUUCAUGCAGGAAGCAGAAAGCAACCGUUUGUGUCGGCGGCUGCAGCUGAAGGACAUCAUCCCUGUGGAGAUGCAGAGGGUCACCAAGUACCCCCUCCUGCUGGCGAAUAUUACUAAGUACACAGAUGAGGGAGAGGAAAGAGACAAAGUCAGGAAAGCUGGAGAAUGUUGCAAGAAGAUCCUCAACCACGUCAACCAGGCUGUGAAGGAGGCUGAAAACAAACAGCGGCUAGAAGAAUAUCAGCGCAGGUUAGACCUCUCCUCGCUCAAGCAGAGUGAAAACCCUCUGAUUCUGGAGUUGAAGAACCUCGAUCUGACCAAAAAGAAGAUGGUGCAUGAGGGGCCAUUAUCCUGGAAAGUCAAUAAAGACAAGACGAUUGAGCUGUACACUCUGCUGCUGGAGGACAUCAUGGUUCUGCUGCAGAAACAAGACGAGCGUCUGGUCCUCAAGCUGCACGGGAAGAAUCUGGCCAGCAUUGCUGAUCUGAAGAACAUCUUCAGCCCCGUCAUCAAACUCAACACUGUUCUGGUCCGACCCGUGGCAACCGACAACAAGUCUUUCUUCGUUCUGUCCAUGUCGGAAAACGGAGCUCAAAUCUACGAGCUGACGGCUCAGACCGUCACCGACCAGAGAAUGUGGCAGUAUCUGAUCACGCAAAGCGCAGACUCCAUGAAGGCCAAAUCUCAGCACAGGGACUCGCCUGGGACUCAGACUGAAGCCGAGCGGGACGUUAUCGAGAUCAUGAACAGCAAGAUCCCCAAAGCCAGCGCGCAGCCCGACGCUGUGUCCAAUGGAAGCAUCAGUACUUCAGAUAAAGAGGCCAGCCUUUCUCUGGACGUUCAAGCUCCUGUCAACCCUUUCGACUGCCUGAAGUCAGAAGAUGAAGAAGAGGAGCUGACUGCAGCAGACAGACAGGAGGAAGAGGAUCUGAUUGUGGCAGAGAGGCAGGAGGAAGAGGAGUUGUCAGCCAUGGAAAGACGGGAGGAGGAAGAGGAGGAGAUAGAGGAGGUGGACGAAGCAGAGCUGGAGGCCUUCCUGAACGGGCAGCUGGCAGAGAGACUGCUGCAGGAAUCUGCUGGAUCUCGCCAGGGCAUCGCCAUCCAGAGCGAGGAGAGCAUGGAGUUCAGCUUCCCCACCUCUAAAGCUGAAGAGGCUCUGCACACCUUGGCGACUCUGAGGCAGAUCCUCUUCACUCACUUGAGGAGCAGAGAGGAGGAAGAGGGGGUAAACCGGCCGAACGGGGCGGUUCAGAUGAACACCUCUCCGGCCUCAUCGGCCUGUGAGGAGAACAGAGCGCCUGAAGAUAAAGAGAACCCUCAGCUUCCUUCUGCACCCGAAGGGCUCCUCCAAACUGCAGAGCAGAACGGAGGCUUUAUGAUGUUGGAUUGUGGAGGAUGCUCUGACGAGAGCACCGCUGAAGACGACGCUGACGUGGACGUGGGGAUCGACAUCAGGAAGCUGCUGUCCUCCUCUUCGCAGGCGGGGGGGAGUGGCCCCAACCUCAGCAGGCAGCUGAUGACCUACCUGCGCCUCCUGCAGGCCGACCUGCAGCACCUGAAGGAAGUGGAGAUGAAGUACAAAGAACUGCGUCAAAUCCACGGCGACGUGGUUCCCGACUCCGACAGCAGCAAAGACGGACUCCAGUGAUGACAGACGUCCAGCUGUUUGGUGAAGGAGCUGCACCCUCGCAUUCCUCUGAAAACCCCCCGAUGACGGCUUGAAGACAGUUCCAUCCUGAUGGAGUUUCACUGUAGCAGAAAAGUAGGACGGAAUUAUCCUAAAAAAAAGAAAGAAAACGCUGGAUAAAUGAUCUGAAACACUGGAUUUACUGAGAUGAAAAUGCACAAAUCAAGAGGUGGAAUUAUGCAGCAGUUAGACGGCUAAAAUGAUUCAAAGAUCUCACAAAACCCAACUUACAAACUGACAAGUAUCUUAAAAAAUGAGGAUUUUUGGUUCUGUCUUCUCCUUCCUGUUGAGAAUGUCUGAAUGUCCUUUUUCCAUCUAAAAGAAGCUUCGAUUUCCUUAAAAAUCCCACCUUUUGCUUCUCUCCGUCGGGAUUUGGAACAGCUCAUCUUUAGCAUCAGCUUCCAGGUUUGGGAGGUUGUUCUUCUUCCUCUACUCCAGGUCAAACUGCUGAUGUCAGUCCUCCUGCAAGCUUCUCCAUCGCUUGAACUGAAGUUUUUUCAUCAUUUUGUUUGAAACCUUUAGUGGGUUCUUCCAGCAAGAACCACUGUAAGGUUUCUUAAAAAAGAUCCGACUGUCAAAUGUAAAAACUGUUUCCUGAACACUGAGGAGAAUUUCUCUGCCGAGUUGUUUGGUGUUUUACAGCACCUCCUGCUGGACAAAUGAGGGAAUGUGAUGUCAAACCAGAGCACCGUUUCAGUCAAAGCCUGAGAUGUGAUAUCAGAGAAGCUCAAGCUGGAGGUUUCUGCUUUUCUCAUUUUAUAGUCAGAGUUCAAUAAUCAGACUAAUGUCCAAUAAUCCGUGGCGGAUUAGACAUUUAGGAAACAAAGACUCAAACAGAAUUUUUCCUAUCGGAAUUUAUUUAUGAAUAAAACCUGAGGUGAGGUCGUUUUCCCUGUUUGACCACUUUGUUUCUGAUUACUGAGCAUUAACAUCAAUUAUCAUCUUCAAAAGCAUCGUUGUGGACUUGAUCCCGUCUUCUCUGGAGGUUUCCGAGCUCUACAUGAAUGUAGCGCCUUCACCUCAGAAAAACAGUUGAUUCCAAAAAGCCGUUGGUGAGAGAAACGCCGAUGAAAAUAAUGUCUUCAGUAAAGUUAGCGUGUAAAUAUGAAAUGAGUGCCGCCUCGGUUGUCUUUAGUUCUGCAGCUUGGAGCACUUUCUACACAAACUCUUUCUGGAUCUGUGGAUUUAACUUGUAGAAACACUUCUGGAACAAAUGUAACGUAAACGUGGGCACUUGGACUUCACCGCCGGACUCUGGAGACGUCCUGCUUCCUGCUCUGAUGAAUCAAGGACAGACGGGCUGAACGCAGAAGUCAGGACGAAGGUUCUGGACGCCGCUUGGCUCCGUGACCUGUCAAUCAUGUUACUGCCAAACACAGAACUCCUCCAGAUCCGAGGAAGAAGUUGUUUUGAAUGCCAUGUCUAUUAUUGUAUCUGCUGUCACCAGUAAAAUCAAAUGAGGAAAGAA